UGCGUUGCAUUGGCAGGCUGGUGAGGACACGUGUCUCCUCCUCCUAUCCCCCCCUUGGGCUCCACGGUACCGCAUUGGCAUCAGUAAAGGCACCUGAAAACCUACAACCGACUCCAGGAAAGGCUGCGUGCCACCUUAAACCCCAAAAGAAAACGAUAUUACAGGUCAGAAGGAGACCGGUGGCUUGCCCUUGCUCGUGCGUAAAGCUUUUGCGCACACCGCUGAACUGCCUCAGAGACUGAAAAAGGUGCGCUACGCGUCGAGUAUCAGAGCGCGGUGCCAGGAUGCAGAGACGGAGCGGCGUCGUCUGAAGGUGACAUGAACCUGGGGAUAAUCAGGAGCAGCAGCAGGCGCGCACUGAACCAGAAGUGGAGAUAGCAACUGAAAACCACCGGUGUCUUGACGCUCAACUCUUUUUUCUCGUGGCUUUAUCUAAUGUAGAGAAUCAAGAGCAGCAACUUGAAGUAGCCUCAAUUUUUUACCGACUGAAGAAGAAAAAAAAAUACACCAAUUAAGCAGCAGAUAGUUACGAGUCGGAAGAAGAGCACAAAAAUGGCGACAUUAAUCAGAGGCAAGCUUUCCAAUAAACUGUCAAACGCAGCCACGACUGUGUCCAACAAAUCCCAGGCGAAGGUGAGCGGCAUGUUCGCCAGGAUGGGCUUCCAGGCCGCCACCAACGAGGAGGCGCUGGGCUUCGCCGCCUGCGACGACCUGGACUACGACCACCGGCAAGGCAUGCAGAUGGACAUUUUGUCGUCCGAUGAGAUGGGGGGAGAGCCGAGUGGAGAAGGGGGCGCGAUGGAGGGGGACAGCCACUACCAGAGGGAAGGCACCGGUCCAUCGCGCUCAGGCUCAAAGGACGGGGGUCCGACGAACGAGUUGACCGAAGUCAGACCAAAAAUCACCGCUUGGGAGGCGGGCUGGAACGUCACGAAUGCAAUCCAGGGGAUGUUUGUUCUGGGGUUGCCCUACGCCAUCCUGCACGGAGGAUACCUUGGACUGUUUCUCAUUAUUUUCGCCGCCGUAGUGUGCUGUUACACGGGGAAAAUCCUCAUUGCCUGCCUGUACGAGGAGGACGAAGACGGGCAGCUCGUCCGUGUGAGGGACUCCUAUGUGGACAUUGCCAACGCCUGCUGCGCGCCCAGAUUCCCGUCUUUAGGAGGCCAUGUCGUGAAUGUAGCCCAGAUCAUAGAGCUGGUGAUGACUUGCAUCCUGUACGUGGUGGUCAGCGGCAAUCUCAUGUACAACAGCUUCCCCAACAUGCCAAUAUCCCAGAAGUCGUGGGCCAUCAUAGCCACCGCCGCCCUGCUCCCCUGCGCCUUCCUCAAGAACCUGAAAGCCGUCUCCAAGUUCAGCUUGCUGUGCACGAUGGCCCACUUCGUCAUCAACGUCCUGGUGAUAGCCUACUGUCUCUCCAGAGCCAGGGACUGGGCCUGGGACAAGGUCAAGUUCUACAUCGAUGUCAAGAAGUUCCCCAUCUCCAUUGGGAUUAUCGUGUUCAGCUACACGUCGCAGAUCUUCCUGCCGUCUCUGGAGGGGAACAUGAAUAAACCCAGCGAGUUCCACUGCAUGAUGAACUGGACUCACAUCGCUGCCUGCAUCCUCAAGGGCCUGUUCGCCCUCGUGGCCUACCUGACCUGGGCCGACGAAACCAAGGAGGUCAUCACAGACAACCUGCCCCCAACCAUCCGUGCUGUCGUCAACCUCUUCCUCGUGGCCAAAGCUUUGCUGUCGUAUCCGUUGCCGUUUUUCGCAGCCGUCGAGGUGCUGGAGAAAUCGUUUUUCCAGGAUGGGGGACGCGCGUUCUUCCCAGAUUGCUACGGGGGCGAUGGACGCUUAAAAUCCUGGGGACUCUCUCUCCGCUGUAUCCUUGUUGUGUUCACCUUGCUCAUGGCGAUCUAUGUGCCACACUUCGCCCUCCUCAUGGGCCUCACCGGCAGCCUGACAGGCGCGGGCCUUUGCUUUCUGCUUCCCAGCCUCUUCCACCUCAAGCUUUUAUGGAGAAAGCUGCUGUGGCACCAGGUUUUCUUUGACGUCUCCAUCUUUGUAAUAGGAGGUAUAUGCAGCAUAUCUGGUUUCAUCCACUCGAUGGAGGGGCUCAUAGAGGCUUUCAGAGACAACGUAGAGGAGUAGACGCAUCGCUGGGACUAAAUGUUAACCGCAAAACCCCAUUUAGUGAAAAAAUAAGAAAUAACGAUGAUAAUAAAACACGACUUCCCCGCAAACGCAGCCCCUCUGCUUAAUCCAUGCGUAAAAGCGCACACUCAUUAAGUCUUGCAUCACAUCAGAAAAAAAUGCGCACACACUCACACGUACACAAACGUGUACACA